AUGCUGUCAGACCGGGUCCUUGUGGAUGAGACACUGUGCCGCAGCUACCUCUGCUUAAGUGUGUGUCUUGUCAGUGCCGCCAUCCUCACCAUAUGUGCCAUCAAUGUGGAGCGCUACUACUACAUCAUCCACCCGAUGCGACACGAGGUGAAGAUGACAGUGGGUGUGGUGGUGAUGGUGUUGGUGGGAAUCUGGGUUAAAGCUAUUGUGAUGGCGUUGCUGCCUCUCCUUGGAUGGUUGCUGCAGGGGAACCAGGGUCUGGGGGCUUCUUUAGUCCUCUUUCAGGGUCAGAGACACUGCUCCCUGCACUGGACAGGGGGCAGGACCACCCGGCUGCUCUUCAUGGUCUUCUUUACACUCAUCUACUUCCUGUGCCCUAUGCUGAUCAUCCUGGUGGUCUACUGCAACAUGUUCAAAGUAGCACGGGUGGCAGCUAUGCAGCACGGUCCUCUUCCUACCUGGAUGGACACGCCAAGACAGAGGUCUGAGUCUACCAGCAGCCAUUCCACCAUGGCAGCCAGCCUUGGGGGAACCGGAGCACGGAGUACCCCUCAAAGGAGCUUCAGUGGUGGAAAGGCAGCUGUAGUCUUGAUGGCAGUUGGAGGCCAGUUCCUCUGCUGCUGGCUGCCAUAUUUCUCUCUCCAUCUCUACUCUGCAGCAACGUCUACCUCUCCUGUUUCCCUGGCCCAGCUGGAGGAUGUGGUCACAUGGAUUGGCUAUUUCUGCUUCACCUCUAACCCUUUCUUCUAUGGCUUUCUAAACCGGCAGAUCCGCGAAGAGCUGAGUCGCCACCUGGCCUGCCUCUUCAAGCGGGCCGGGCCUGGUGAGGGGGAGCAGCUGGCCAGCCGCGAGGCCUCCAUUGAGGAGAACUUUUUGCAGUUUCUUCAAGGCACUGGAUGCAAUCUGGAGCCCUGCAACUCUCACAGCAGAGGAAGCCCGCUGGAGCCAGAGACUGAGGGGCUUCAGGGAUCAGCUGUUCAACAGAGCACGCCAGCUGACUUUAACAUCCCUGGGCAGAUCCUGGAGGAAACCUCAGAGUUCAUACAGAGGCAACAGCUGAACAAUGAGCGGCUUGUCCCAGAAAACUGCUGCAAAACUCCUCCUGAGCUGUAG